CAUGAAUUGGACUAAGGUGGUAAUUUUUCUUGAAAAUUUUGACAACUACCAUAUAAGUAUUCGAAGUAUACUGAAAUUUUAGAAAGAAAUUACCAUCCUCGAAAUCUCAAAUCUACUUUAGACACUAAUUUAUGGAGACUUGCGGCGGAAGGGGGAAGACGAUGGCCGGCCAUCUCAAAACCCUAAACCCUAAACUGAUGGGUUGAUGUUUAUUUUAUCAAUUUUGGAAGUGGAAAGUUGGAUUUGUUGAUCACAUAAGAAUUAUAGGUAAAGAAAAAAUAGGGAUAGGGUCGUGUGUUGUGUUGUAAAUUAGGAAAUUAGGGAAGGAGACGUGUCAAAUGAAGAUCCACCAAUUAGGAUGUGGUUUGAAUUCUUGUAGUUAAAAAGCGUAUGGUCUCCACACGUUCAUCACCCCCUCCAUUUCAUUAUACUACUUCACACCACACACACAUCUGAAUUGAGUUAACUAUGGCAUCCAUUGUAGCCAUUUCUUCUCCUUCUACUUCCCUAUCAACAAGAGCCGUCCAUCUUCUUCCUCGUAGUUUCAACGACAACGGACGACGUCGUACAGUUGUCGUGAGAGCUGAAGGCAGCAGCGGCGAACAUAUAAACCCUGCAAUCAGAAAGAGUGAAGAGAAAGUGGUGGACUCUGUGCUCAUUGCUGAACUUUCCAAGCCUCUCACUCCUUAUUGCAGAUGUUGGAGGUCAGGGACAUUUCCUCUUUGUGAUGGAAGCCAUGUUAAGCACAACAAAGCAACUGGAGAUAACGUUGGUCCUUUACUCUUGAAGAAGUAGUAGACAGACACACACAUUCUCAUGUUUUUCUUUUAUUACUUUUUCAUUCUCCAACCUCUUAUUCCAUUGCUUCCUGAGUUUCAGAAUGUGCUUUCCUAAUCUCUCUUCCUACUUAACUUCUUCUGCUGAGAAAAACCUUUGAGGUUGUUUUAGAAAUAACCACUUUUGUCUCCUCGUAGUAGACGAAAGUAAAGUAUGUUUGUGAAUGAUUUUGAAUAUAUCAAAAAAAUCCAUUUCGAAGAUCA